CACUUUCCAACUCAGAGAAAACAUAUCAUGCUAUUUUUGGUGAUUACCAGUCUGCUGCAGGAGUUUCUUGCAGUUGCAGGGGAAGGAGCAGAGACAAAAUUAAUUACACCCCUAUUAUAUUGAUGUGGAGGCAGAAAUCAAAAACCGGGGAUGAUAAAAGAAAAACUCUGCAUGGCUGCAGUAGAAGAAAACCUGGACCCGUGCUCUGCCUACAUCAGCCUGAAUGAACCCUGGAGGAACACGGACUACCACGUCAACCAGUCGUCUGGCGUGCCGCUGUGUGACAGCCGCAUGUCUGGAGAAUGGUACCGCUUCACUGGCAUGGCCGGGGAUGCCAUGCCCACCUUCUGCAUCUCGGAGAACCACUGUGGCACCCACGCUCCCAUCUGGCUCAACGGCAGCCACCCUCAGCCCCAUGAGGGUAUUGUCACCCUGUCUGUGUGUGCCAGCUUCAAUGACAACUGCUGCCGCUGGAACGCCAGUGUAGAUGUGAAGGCCUGUACUGGGGGAUACUUUGUCUAUCGCCUGCCCAGACCCUCAGUCUGCUUCCAUGUUUACUGUGGCCAUUUCUAUGAUAUCUGUGAUGAGGUGGACUGUGCAGGUUCCAAUUGUCCUGAGUCUGACUGUCGCUGUGUACCUGGAACUGCGCUGGGACCAGACAGACAAACAUGCCUGGGUGUGGUGUCUGUCCGAUCUUCAGAUGUGAAUGAGUGUGAGAAGGGCAAUGGUGGCUGUGCAGAGGUGUGUGUGAACACCAAAGGCUCCAGGCGCUGUGAGUGUGGGCAGGGCCGUGUGCUGGAUGAAGAUGGUCACAACUGCAGAGAGAUAGCAGGCUGCCACGUUAACAAUGGAGGCUGCAGCCAUGGCUGCUCCUCGCUGCUGGACUUUUAUCAGUGCCACUGCCCCAGAGGGCUGGAGCUGGGGGAGGAUAAACGCACAUGUCAGGUGCCAGUCCAGUGUGAUUCUAGCUCUAUCACCGUGUCAGUCCCUAAGGACCUUGUAGGAGGACUGGAGCUCUUCCUGUCCAACUCGUCUUGUCGAGGUGUCUCCAAUGGCACACACAUCAACCUCAACUUCAGCCUCAAGACCUGCGGCACAGUGGUGGAGGUGACAGAUGAGAAGAUUGUGGGAACCAACCUGGUGACAGGCCUUCCUAGGAGCAGCCCAGGUAGCAGCAGAGACUUGAUUGUCCGCACCAGCAGGUUAGUGCUCCCAGUCACCUGUGAGUUCCCCAGGGAAUACCACGUGUCGGACGGAUACCAGGCAAGUCUGCGCAGCUCAGCCCUGGAGCUGGCAGGCCACAGUGAGGGAGUCUUCCCCUUCUCCCUGGAGCUCUUCAAGAACGGAGAGUUCUCAGAGCCCUACCGCACCCCGCCCCAGCUCCGCCUGCACGACUCGCUGUUCUUCGGGGUGGAGCCCAAGGAGAGAGUGGAGGGCCUCUCUGCACUGGUGGAGAGCUGCUUCGCCACACCAGGCCCCAAAGCUGACCAAGCCCUCAAGUAUUACCUCAUCAAAGAUGGGUGCAUCUCUGAUGAAACAGUGACACAGUACUCAUCAAAGGACCGGCUCUCUAAGCACUACCAGGUCCCUGUCUUCAAGUUCAUUGGCAAGGACAACCAACAAGUGUUCCUUCACUGCCAGGUGUUAGUAUGCGGGGCAGGAGACACCCGCUGUGCUCAACAUUGUCAAGGACGAGUCCGACGAGAGGUUCGGACCAGUGAACCUCAGGGCCAGCACACACUGAGUGGAGGCCCCAUCUUCAUCCUGCCUUAGUCAUGAUGUCAACACACAGCCAGGGAACACCAUGAGAACAGGCCAGGAGCACAAGCAGGGGAUCAAAAAAAUUACAUUUACUUUUAGAUUAAAGAUGGCCUGACCAUUUCAGAUUAUUUGGUAUUUAAAACACAAAACAAAAGUAGGUGUACACACACAGGGUAGUCCAUUGUACUGUGCUUUUUAAAGUCCUACAUAUGCUUUACACAUAUACAUGCAGAUGUAAAGUAUGCAAACUCCUCUUUUUUCCAGUUCCAGUGUCACACGCAUCACUGUAGAUCACUUGAAUUCUGGUUAAUGCAUCCAAGUUUGUUUAUCUUUGCCGCUCUGGCUGGCAGCACAAUUUACUGACAUUAAAAUGAAUGACAUUUCUAUUAGAAAUCAUUUGGAGGGGGCCACAGUUCAUCUGUAACAACUCCAGCAUGACGGAUGAUUUUCUAGGUCACACUUUCAGGCAUCUCGCAGGCUUGAUUGUGGCUUUAAGAUUUUGUGGAUUUAUAAAAGUGGUUUAUAUUUCACACCAACAUAGUUUUGAAAAAUACAUGUGGAACAUCCCUAGAUGUAUUCUGACUCAUUUGCUUGGUAUAAUUGAUGGCUAGGGGGAGCAUGUCACACAUUACAGUGCAGUGGAAAAGAGAUAUCAGUGUGCUGUGCCUGGAAAUUAUGCACAUGCUUCAUCACUCUGACAAUUAAUCUAGAAUUAAUCAUGUCAGUUAAAAUGCAAUUAGUCAUACAUUUAUUCAUAAAAAAUAACAAAUAAGUGACAAAAAACUUACAACAAACAUUAACAUAGUGGCUGUGAUAGUCAUUACAUUUAACAUGACACUGACUUAAUGUUUGAGCAGACUAGUUUGAUAAAUGUUACAUACCAGCCCACAACACACCAUGCCCACCAUAUUAGUUAUCUUUCUAUCUAGAGCAAAUGAAGUCAACCACAAUAUCCUUCCCAUCAGGCAUUUUUUUUGGAGUCAUCAAAGUAAUUUAUGGUAACGGAGUCAUAGAGGCCUAAAAACUGCCUCAAAAGAAAAUGAAGUCUGGAGAGUAUAAAAUGCACGAGCGAUUCAUUAAGAUUCUGAAAGUCAUAUUCAGAUACCUCAUAUCUGUAAGUACUGCCUAUGAAUAAAACCUAAGAAACUGCUCCUUUGUCUUUUUUUUUAACUCCCUGGAUCUGAAUCUUGAGAGGGCUCAUGUGAAUGAUCUCCUCCUUAACAAAAAGCCAAUAAAUACACAGUAU